AGUAGAUCAAAUUAAUGUAAGAGGUCUACCACUCCCACAAAGUACUGUAUUCACAGGCUUUCUUGUUCUUUGUUCACAUCACACUGUUGACCCCUGGAUUACCUGUAUGCCCACUCAUUACCACAGCACUGUCCAGUCUGUUCUACAUUGACCAUUCUACAUGUAUGCUCCAGACAUUCAGUACAGGUCUUAAAUUCAUACAAAGUAUGUAUGUAUUCUUAAGCUUUCUUGUUCUUUGUAAUACAUCACAAAGUUUACUUGGUAUUAUGCUGACUCAUGACCAAAGCUCAGUAUGUCCAGUCUGUUCUACCAUGGACCUACUACGAAUGGAUAUUCAACGGAACAGUUCCUUUGAUCAUAGGUCCAUGGUUCUACAUUGACUAUUCUAUGCUCUAGACAUUCAGUACAGCUGUAUGGAUUCCAUAGUUCACAGUCUGGAAUAAAUGAAGCAUUACCACUUUUACUAGCAUUCGUACAUGUAGGGAGAUGCAAGGAUUCAUAAUGGAGGAAUCACAGAUCGCGAAGUUUGACUGGUUUUGUGGUGAGAACUCAUCUACAACAGACAGCUUAUAUCCCUUUUAUUGGGACCUCCCCCACACCAUUUUUAAUGGCUGUUUCACAGACCUCCUGGUGACAUGCCUGCAUGCUUUCUGCAUACUUCUCUUCUGCUUGGUCCUCAUAUUCGUCCGAUGCUGCAACGCAAGAACCACCACCAAGCACCCGUACAUCACCAGGUACCCCGGCCACGUGUUCCGCUGGUUCAUCUAUGUGAUUUACAUAACACUAUGCCUGUGCAAGGUGGGAGAAGGUAUCCUCACAGAUAUAGAUACCUUGAGUGGUGAGCCAACUUCACCGCGAUUGUACGUGGCCCCGACCGCAGCGCUCAUUGGGUCCAUCCUAGCAGCAGUCUACUAUCAUCAUAUGGAGUACUGGGAUGUCCCUUCCAUGUUGGUGCCACAGAUCCUGUACUGGUUCUUGCUUCUUGCCGCUGAAUGUGUGCGCUUUGAGACCUUCUUCUACUACUAUCCUCAUGAGAUCACACUAGGUACUUUACGAUGGGACCUCAAUAUUGCAUCCAUAACCCUAAUUGCUUUGGUAUGCCUUACCGAGCUGCAUGUUAUCAGGGUCAAGGUGCUGAAGUGGUGUACUGUAGAGGAAGGUUUCCCAGCUGAUCUCAAGGAUCCACAGAUGCAUUACUAUGAAGGAUACUGUAACCUACCAUCAUCUGUCCUCUUCUGGUGGCUCAACUCCCUCUUCACGAUGGGUUAUGAUAAUGCCCUGGAGAUCAAGGAUUUAGGCAAUCUCAAUAAGACUCACACUGUCCAUCACAAUGGUGGCAGGUUUGCCAAAGUACUUGCUGAGGAACAGGCCAAAGCUAAAGCAUCAGGUAAGGAGAUAAACUUGUAUUGGGUUUACCUGAAGGCAUUCUACCCUGGCCUGAUAAGUGGAGGAAUCAUCAAGUUCUUUGGAGACUCCUCAUCCUUUCUUUCACCAUACCUCAUAUCUGGGAUCAUUGCAUACGCUACCGCACAAGCGUUUGACGACGGGGGAGGCAACGAGCCAUCAACUAACAAGUAUAUAGACUGGUAUGACUUCUUCACCAAUGGCUUUGUACUUGUGGUAGUCUUGUUUAUACAGUCUAUAUUCCAGCGGCUGUGCAACCAACAUCACUAUCAUAGUGUCAUCAUGGAAUCCGCUCAUUGUAAGGCCGCUCUUCAGGCUGCUGUCUACAGUAAGGCCCUUCGUCUCUCAAGCUACUCAAUGACGGGUGGAUCAAUGACUAUGGGACAGAUUACCAACCACAUGUCGGUGGAUGCUACUAAUAUCCUCAACUCUUUCCAAUGGAUACACUACGUCUGGUCUAUUCCUUACUUGGUGAUUGGGUACCUGAUCAUUCUCUAUUUCCAGCUUGGUGUUGCAUCGUUGAUUGGGUCAACUAUCUUUGUCUUGUCUAUACCUCUCCAGACAUUGAUUGCCAAGAAAACAGCUCAGUAUCAGAAAGGGGCUAUGACAUGUGCAGACGGUCGACUGAAGCAGACAAACGAGAUGCUACAAGGGAUCAAGCUUAUCAAGUUAUACGCUUGGGAAGACAUCUUUCUCUCAUCCAUCGGACACUCUCGUGCUGCAGAGAUUGGGCAGCUUGUCACUCAAAAUAUCUGGAAAGUCAUUCUGAAUGGUGUUUCAAAUUCUGCCCCAUUGCUGGUGAUGUUGACGUCCUACAGCUUGUACACUGUGCUGACGGAAAAGCCGCUCACCCCUGACAUCACGUUUGCCGCCCUCUCUGUCUUCAAUCAGCUGAGUCUACCUCUAUUCCUUCUGCCUAUGAUCUUCACCUUUCAUGUCAAUGCUGUGGUCAGCACCCGUCGCUUGACCGCUUUCUUCACUGCUCCGGAAGUAGAGGAGAAAGACGAUGGACGAAAGAAGGAAACCGGUGAUUCUUUCCAAGUAAAUGGGACAGCCAGCUUCGAUGCAAGCAGUUCAGAGGUUCCUAACACCCUAGUGAUUGACCCCAAAGGAAAGGGGAGUAGGUCAUCUCAUAAAAAGGCACACACAGAGACAUACCGCCGUCUGAGAGAUAGUGACGAUGAUCUCGGAUCAAACCAGACCUCAUUAAAUCAAGCCAACAAUCGAGCUCAGGACUCGACGAGACUACACAGCCCACAUGAAGAUGUUCUCUCCAGUGAUGUGGUUCUCAAGGUGACAGAUGGAGGCUUUACUUGGGAUCAUACUUCAACAACUCCUAUACUCUCAGAUAUUCAGCUCGAGCUUCCUGCAGGUCAGCUGACCAUGAUCGUAGGUCAGGUGGGUUCUGGCAAAUCUUCAUUGCUCUCUGCCAUUCUGGGUGAGAUGAGUACAUUACAUGGCGAGGUCAGAUGGAAUAGGGAGUUGAGCACCAUUGCAUAUGCAGCACAGAAAGCUUGGUUGAUCAACGCAAGCCUGAAGGAAAAUAUCAUCUUUGGAAAUCAGUUCUUGCCAGAUAGAUAUGAGAAAGUGAUCAAGGCAUGCUGUCUUCAACCUGAUAUUGAUAUCUUACCUGCUGGAGAUAAGACAGAGAUUGGAGAGAAAGGGAUCAACCUGAGCGGAGGACAGAAGCAGAGGGUCAGUGUAGCCAGGGCAAUGUACAGCUUCAACAAUGUGGUGAUUCUGGAUGAUCCUCUGUCAGCUCUGGAUGUUCAUGUUGGCAGUGAUAUGUUCUACAAGGGUAUCAUGGAGUUCCUGAUUGAGAAUCAGAGGACAGUGAUCCUUGUUACACAUCAGAUACAGUACCUAGAGCAUGCUGAUAAGGUGAUAUACAUGAAAGAUGGGUUGAUAAGACAUCAGGGAACGAUGAAAGAGAUUGGAGCUAAGGAUGCUGGUCUCAUGACACUCUGGAACGUGUCAAUCAAAGAGAUUACUGAAUCAGAGCCGGAGUCUGAAGAUGAAACAAAGACGGCACAGGAGCGCAAGAAACUCAUCAGAUCGGUAUCUCAAACCGAUGAACUCAAGAUGAAAGAGGCUGGUAAAGAGAAGGAUUCCGGCAAGAUCAUUGGAAAGGAGGAGCGUAUGUUGGGUUCAGUAUCCAUGAAGUAUUACUGGUACUACAUACAAGCCUUUGGUCCUUUCAUCUUCGUCAUGGUCUUCAUCAUGGCUAUAGCUCAGAAUGCUGCACAGGCUGCUACAAACUUCUGGCUUUCUGAAUGGUCAGAUGCAGGAGCUAAUCUCACUGCAAACGUUACCAAGGAAGAAUCCCAGGCAAUUCUUGACAAGUACCUGGGAGGUUAUGCUGGCUUAAGUGUUGCUAAUAUCGUGAUUGGUCUGAUCUGGACCACUAUACUCCUCAUCAAUGCCCUCUACACAGCCCGUAGUGUUCAUAAUGUCAUGCUGGAAAGAGUCAUACAUGCACCCCUACGAUUCUUUGAUACGACUCCCAUUGGAAGAGUGUUGAAUCGGUUUGCAGCAGACAUACAAGUCAUUGAUCAGAGGAUGGGUCAGCUGUUUGUCCAAGGGAUGAAGUUUACUCUGGCGGCUAUUGCAGGUGUCAUAGUAAAUACGGUCAUAUCCUGGUACUUUGUUGUGGCUAUCUUACCAGUAGCUGUCUUCUAUGUGCUUCUCAUGAAGCUCUUCAUCAAAACAUCAAGAGAGCUGCAGAGACUUGAAAGCAUUAGUCGCUCACCGAUCUUUGCUUACUUCUCGGAGACUCUUGGAGGUUUACCUACCAUCAGGGCUUACAGCCUGAAUAGCCGAUUUCAGAGGAAUAUUUUGAGUAAGAUAGAGACCAAUAACACAGCGUUCAUAUAUCUCCAGACUGGGAACAGAUGGUUGGGUGUAAGACUGGAUACCAUUGGAGCUAUUGUUGUCUUCUUAGCUGGUAUGUCCAGUCUUGGAGCUUCAGCACUUGAUAAAUCGUUUGGACCUAGUCUUGUUGGAUUGUCUAUUACCUAUGCCAUGUCUAUUGCUGGAUUGUUGAACUGGGUGAUACGAUGUGCUGCUGAUUUAGAGAUGGCCAUGAAUGCAGUAGAGAGGAUUAAUUUCUAUUCAGAGGUGGACAUAGAGGACUAUGAUGGUUCUGUAAUACCCCCUGCAAUAUGGCCAGAGGAUGGACACAUAGUGUUUGAUAGCGUCUCAGCUCGCUAUGCUAAGGACCUGGAUCCUGUUCUUAAGAAGGUCUCGGUGCAUUUCAAAGCUGGUGAAAAGAUUGGAAUAUGCGGAAGGACUGGCAGUGGAAAGUCUUCUCUUACUCUCACUCUGUUCCGUAUCAUUGAUAUGUUUCAUGGUGAAAUUGUGAUUGAUGGGAUCAACAUCACUAGACUACCACUGAAAGAGCUGAGGACACGUCUGGCUAUCAUUCCUCAAGACCCGGUAUUAUUUACUGGUACUAUCAGGUUUAACCUCGAUCCUAUGGGAGACAGGACCGAUGAUGAGAUCUGGCAAUCUUUGGAGAUUGCUCAACUCAAGACUGUAGUGACAGAACUGAAUCUAGGGUUAGACUCGAACAUCUCUGAAGGAGGUGAGAACUUCAGCGUUGGUCAGAGACAGCUCUUCUGCCUAGCGAGGGCUUUCCUUCGUAAGACAAAGAUUCUAGUGAUGGAUGAAGCUACUGCUUCCAUUGACUUUGAAACAGAUCACAUUCUGCAGGAAGUUGUUGCGACUGCCUUCCAAGACAGAACAGUUCUUACCAUAGCACAUCGUGUGGCAACAAUCAUGGACUCUGACCGAAUCCUGGUCCUAUCAGAGGGUGUGAUAGAGGAGUAUGGAACACCCGAGGCUCUACUGGCCAAGGAAAAUGGAAUCUUUGCUUCCCUGGUCGCGAGUGGCAAAUAAAUCCUCCACUAGCUCCCUCGAAAGACAUAAAUAUGAUGUUCCAUAAUGUAGUGUAUGAUAUCAUGCUGCCAAUUUAAAGAGUAAAUUUUUGUAAUGAUUAAAUCAUUCUACAUGUAUUGUUAUAUAAUAAUCUCAAGAUCACAUUAGGUCAAAUAUAAUAUCUGAAUGCAUUCUGUAUUUCAAUGAUAUGUUAUUUCAGUGAACCUUGCUAUAAAUAAGUGAGAGUACAACUGGCAAUUCUUUGAUAUGUGUGGGAUAUUUUUGUUCACAUGAUAGGAAUAAAUGUAUUGCUUUUUUUUUCUUUUCUUUUUUUCAUUCUGCUUUAAGUGGAUAACCUUUCCACAUGUUCUGAAUUUAAAAAAAAAUAUGUUGUUUUACAAGAAAAUAUUGUUACAAAUGAACGAGUUUUCAUGUGGAUUGUGAAUAGGAAAUCUUAUGAGAUGUUGCAAAUGUCCCGAUGACCGCUUUCUUAUAUUGAAUUAUCUAUUUUUAGUGGACCUCCAAUAUCAGAAGUCGAACUAACCCUUUUUCAGAACUGAUUUACAUUAAUAAGGAGACUUGAAACUAGUUCUCUAUUCACUAUGAGAAUUAAGCAAGGAGAGUCAUGUAGCUUGUUAAAUCUUUGUAUGCUGUCUGUAGCAGCAUUUUAGCUUUCUGUAGCUGAAGGAUUAUUAUAAGUAGUACAUAGUGCCCAAGUUCAAUGAAUGGAAACUUAAUUAACACAUAGUUUAAUAUUCAUCAGCUACAUAUUCACACAUAGAAACUUGUACAUGUAUAUUACGUACUAUCAACCUUUAAAAAUGCCCCAGUGAUAGGGAUCAUAUUAUUGAUGAUGAUGAUGGUGAAAUUCAUGAUUUUGAUUAUGGAAAUGAUGAUAAUAGAUCUAUACAGUGCGUCCCAAAACAAACUUUACACUUUUGUAAUGCCUGCCGAAUAAAAAAACAUGAUUCUGGGGCGAAAGCUCAUAAACUCAACUUUCAUAUGACACACAAAAGUCCGAAA